UGCUUCACGUAUAAAAGGCGCCGCAGCACGCAUAGAGCCAACAGGAACAGAAGAUGACAUAGUAGGUUCAUCAAUUUCUGUAUUCCACCUCCAUCAAGACUUUUCGUGGUACACGCAUUCCGAGCGACGGCCACCAUCAUGGUGGCGAUUCAACUUGCCAUCCUGCUGAUUGUCUGUAUCGCUUACCGCUUCGUGUCUGCCCAUGUUCGAGAACGCCGCUUCCGGGCCUUCGAGGCCCAGCAUGGCUGCGAAUCUGCUACAGAUCUUACUGUUCCUUGGUAUGGAAGGGUGCAACAUCUUCAACGGAUGAUGAAGGCGGGCCAGAACAAGGAAGACCUUCUGGACGAUAUCAUAGCAGAACGCUUCAAUAGGGCGUAUACUCACCAGGCUCGUGGUUUUGAUGGAUCACUGAACAUGGGAACCAUCGACCCGGCGAACAUCCAGGCAAUGCUGGCGACACAGUUCAAGGAUUUUGAGACAGGCCAGCGACGAUAUCAGACACUCGCUCCUGUCAUCGGCAAGAGCAUCUUCUCAAGCGAUGGUGCUUUCUGUAUGUUACAAAGUCUGAGAAUCAUCCUUGCCGUUCGGUCCGCUAACCCGUCAUAAAGGGGAACACUCGAGGGCGCUGUUUAGGCCUUCGUUCUCUCGGGAAAACAUUAACAACCUCCAAGUCACAGACGAGGCCGCGGCGCUACUUAUCGAAGCGAUUGGACCCGCGAAGGCAGACGGCUG